CGGGUCUUCCGGCCGCCCGGUCCUCUCCACUGAACUCCAACCCCCGCGCUCUCUAUCAGCAUCUCAUUCCUGUCUCAAUAUGUCUCAAGAUGGCGGCCAAUGCAGGAUCGAUGUUUCAAUAUUGGAAGCGCUUUGACUUACAACAACUACAGAAAGAACUAGAUGCCACCGCCACACAGCUUGCCAACAGACAGGAUGAGAGCGAACAGUCAAGAAAGAAACUAAUCGACCUGAGCCGGGAAUUUAAGAAGACGACUCCAGAGGAUUUACGGAAACAGGUCGCCCCCCUACUAAAGAGCUUCCAAGGAGAGAUUGACGCCUUGAGUAAAAGAAGUAAAGAAGCAGAGGCCGCCUUCUUGAACGUGUACAAGAAAAUAAUUGAUGUCCCAGACCCUGUACCUGUGCUGGAGCUGGCUCAGCAGCUGCAGCUGAAGCUCCAGAGGAUGCACGACAUUGAGACAGAGAACACCAAGCUGCGAGAGACACUGGAGGACUACAACAAAGAGUUUGCAGAAGUUAAAAACCAAGAGGUUACCAUCAAGGCCUUGAAGGAGAAGAUCCGUGAAUAUGAGCAGACUCUGAAGAACCAAGCUGAGAACCUGGCCCAGGAGAAGCAGCUCCAGCUACAUAACGACUAUGCAGAGAAGGAGAGGAAACUCCAGGAGAGUCAGGACUCCAUGUCUUCAAGGUUGAAAGAGGCUGAACAGAAGGCCCAGUCCCUGCAGACAGCACUUGAAGCAACUCAGGCGGAGCUCUUUGAUUUGAAGACAAAGUAUGACGAGGAAUCCACAGCAAAGGCUGACGAGAUAGAGAUGGUGAUGACAGACUUGGAAAGAGCCAAUCAGCGAGCAGAAGUGGCAGAGAGAGAGGCGGAGGUGCUCAGAGAGCAGCUGUCAUCAACUAACCAAUCCCAACAGCUCAGCAGUCCCACCAAGGCCGACCCUGACUCGGAUCAGGCACCAGAGGUGGCAUCGCACUCCAACCUGGAGGCGGAGCUGAGGGCCAAAGAAAGGGAGACCGCCCAGCUGGUGGAGGAUGUCCAGAGACUGCAGGCCAGCCUGACCAAACUCCGAGAGACCACCAGCUCCCAGAUCUCCCAGCUGGAGCAGCAGCUUAGCAGCAAGUCUGCAGUUCUGAAGGAACUGGAAGAGAAAUUGGAAAAGCAAGCCGACUAUGAGGAGGUCAAGAAAGAGCUAAGUAUCCUCAAGACCAUGGAGUUUGGAACCGAUUCAGUGCAGGAUUCUUCCAAACCACUGGAGGUGCUGCUGCUGGAGAAGAACCGGACUCUUCAAUCAGAGAGCGCCGCUCUGCGCAUCGCCAACACUGAGCUGAGCGGGUCAGCCGGGAGAAAAGGGUCAGAAGAGUCCACAGCAAAGGAGGACGCCGUCAACAGCGAGCCUUCUUCCUCACCACCUCCUCCACCUCCCUCUCUCCCCUCCUCCUCUCAGCACCCAUUAUCUCGUACUCACAUAGACCCUCUGAACACUGCCACCACCAGCAGCGAGACUCAACCCUUCACUCCUACGGGCAUUGGACAAGAGCUCUACUCCCCCAUGUUCCCCCUGGUUGGCAGUAAGAUGGCUCUGAACUCCCUCAUUCAGCGACAGCUGCUCCAGACGUUCUACUCCAAAGCCUUGCAGGACUCCUCCGGGAUCCACAGUGGCGCUCUGCUGUUUACCCCCUUCACUCCGGCCCUCAGCUCCAUCCCUACCUCCACCCCUGGCUCAGGGUCCGCCGCCAUUCCCCUGGCAGCCAGCAGUCCCCAGCCCCCUCCGGCCAGUCCCGAUAUGGCUCCGGUCAACGGGAGCAGCACUGCGGGCAGCGCACCCUCCCCGUCGCCCAGCCACUCUGACGCCACCAUGGGCAGCGUCCUAGACGGGGAGGACAUGGACACAGCAGAGAUUGCCCGGCAGGUGAAAGAGCAGCUGAUCAAGCACAACAUCGGCCAGCGGGUGUUUGGUCACUAUGUGCUAGGACUGUCUCAGGGUUCAGUCAGCGAGAUCCUGGCCAGACCCAAGCCCUGGAACAAGCUGACCAUCCGGGGGAAGGAGCCCUUCCAUAAGAUGAGGCAGUUCCUCGCUGAUGAGCAGAACAUCCUGGCGCUGCGGAGCAUUCAGGGACGACAGAGAGAGGGCUCAGGCCAGCCCCAGCUUAGCCGAGUGUUUCAGGACGCUCCGAAGCGGAGAGCCCACUCCGAUACACCUUCACACACAGGUAACAUCACCUCUCGCGUCCGCACCCCAGAGGCAGGCUCGGAUGAAGCCAUCAAGUCCAUCCUGGAACAGGCCAAAAGAGAGCUGCAGGUGCAGAAAGCCGACUUGUCCCACGCUCAGCCAUCUUACACGGGACUUAAAGGAGGGGGUGGAGGAGGUAUAGGGAGCGGAGGGGGCAGCGGAUCAGACGAAGCCAUCCGCUCCAUCUUGGAGCAGGCACGUAGGGAGAUGGAGGCUCAACAGGCUGCUUUGGAGCCCAUCCUCAAAGCUUCGUCUGCGUCUUCCUCCUCUGCUUCUCUGUCUCAGAGGGACAUCCUGGGCUCUUCUCUUACUGCCCCACUCCCACCUUACAACUCACUAGCUCUCUCCCUCAAGAAACCGCCAAGCUCCCACUUGUCCUCGCCUCCUUCCCCAUCUCCAGUCCUGGACUUCAGCUCCGGUGGGAAGAGAGACGGCAGAGCUUCCUCAGGUAUCGACAUGUCGGCUGAUGGAGGGUUCAGGUUGAGCCGCCCCUCUGAGGGUUCUGCUCGCCCCGGAAGCACUGUUGGAGGGGGUUACUGGAGAGAGCAGUGGUGGAGCAACAUGCACUCCGACCACCGGCGGAGCUUAUCCAGCCAGGUGGGCGAGGAAAACCACAACCAGGAGGACUCCAAAGAGGGAAUGCUGAGCGACAGUUUAACUCGACACAAACCUUGGAACAAGUUGAACCAGAGGAGCCGAGAGCCAUCAUACCUCCGUAUGCAGACGUGGCUCAACGGGGACCAGGGGCAAAACGCACACAUCCAGCAAGCUCAAAACCAAGCAGAGGGCACUCCCAAGACAUCAGCAAGCUGCAGCCCCGCUCCCGAAUCCCCGCUCAGCUCUGCAGAGGAGUCUGUUAACGGUCUCGCCGGGGAUCCCCUCGCCUCGCAGUCCUCCAGCCUCAAGCCUCAGUCUGAGGAUCCCUCAGGUGGGGAGUCUCAGCCGGGCACACCGCUGCCCCUACCGGGUCACUCCAGUCUCAGCAUCCAGGAGAUGGUAGCAAUGUCUCCUGAGCUUGAUACGUACGCCAUCACCAAAAAGGUUAAGGAGGUGCUAACUGAUAAUAACCUUGGUCAGCGACUGUUUGGGGAGACCAUCCUGGGUCUGACUCAGGGUUCUGUCUCAGACCUGCUGGCCAGGCCUAAACCCUGGCACAAGCUGAGCCUGAAGGGAAGGGAGCCCUUUGUCCGGAUGCAGCUUUGGCUCCAGGACCCACACAGUGUGGAGAAACUCAUGGACAUGAAACGCCUAGAGAAGAAAGCUUACAUGAAAAGGCGGCUGAGCUCCCUGAGCGACGGCCAUUCUGUGGACGGAGUUUUGUCGGGGCCCGAUUACAUGCAGGGCUCCCAGAGCCCGGGGGGCCAGCAGCAGCUGAAGAAGCCCAGGGUGGUCUUAGGCCCCGAGGAAAAGGAGGCCUUAAAGAAGGCAUAUCAGCAGAAGCCCUACCCUUCCCCUAAAACCAUUGAGGAGCUGGCCUCCCAGCUCAACCUGAAGACCAGCACGGUCAUCAACUGGUUUCAUAAUUACAGGUCACGCAUCCGAAGGGAGCUUUUCAUAGAGGAGAUCCAGGCAGCUGGAGGGAUGGGGCCUGGGAGUGAGGGGGGAUCUCCUUCUCUCCGUGGGUCCAAAUCAGGAGAAGGGGACAGCUGUGACGGGACAGAGUCUGAGGGCACGGUUGAUACCCGCCAGGGACUGGGCAUGGAGGAUCACAGAGGGGCAUGCAAAGACCAAGGCAUGGAGGUAGAGUCUGAGGCAGGCGGCUCUAAUAACUCCCCCUCACAGUUAGACUGCACCACCUCAGGCUUAGCUGGGCCGGGCUCCAGCUGUGGACAAACUGGACUGGGCAUCUUCAGCCUCACAGAGGCUUCCUCCACUAGCUCUGCCUCGAGUACAAACAUCCCAGCCUCUGGCUCGGCCAGAAACCCCAGGGACAACAAUCUGCGCAAGAAGAAGGCAGCCAAUCUCAAUAACAUCAUCCACAGGCUGGAGAAGGCUGCCAGUAAAGAGGACCCCUCAGAGUGGGAGUUCUAGCUCCCUCUGACCCCCUCCCUCAUCCUUAUCGUCUCAUAACCUCACGACCUCUAACCUUGGACCCCUCCUGCUCAGUUUCAGUCGGAGAGUGGACACAGCCAAAGUCAAGCUCAGCAGCCAUUUUUAUUGCAUAGAAGCUUUCCAAAAAAAAAAAAGGAAAGAAACAAAGAGUGGUUGGCAAAACCCUUAAGAAGAAGAUUUUACUGAGUACGUAGAAGAACAAAAUAAGAGAUUUGUCUCUCCUGUUUUUUUGUUUUUUUUUUAAAACUGAGUUUUGUUUUUGUACUGAGAAAAAGCACUUAACCGUCCUGCUGGCCUCUGGCCCUGCUGUACCUCCCCUUAUCACCAGCCACUGGUGCACCAGACUGGUUAGCCCUGAGCUGGGGUCUGACCUGCAGCUGGGGUUCGAACCUGAACUCAGUAUCACAGGCAAGGCCUGACACAGCAGCUGUCACAGUGAUAGACACUGAUAGAGACAGAAACUCUCUUACAAGAACUCUCACUUUCUUAAAGGAGAUUUUUUUUUCCUCUCUUCUUCUCACCUCCCAAGUGUCCACAAACCUCCCCUCACUCAGUGAGACGCCUCAUUUUUUUCACACUGUAGAGUGACUGUUACAAACCCUUUGCCUUUUUCACUCACUGCGUGUGUGUUUGUACGUUAGGGGGUUGUGUCUGCGUGCACCUGUGCGUGUGUUUUAAGUGUGCGUGAGUCCGUAUACACCUAAAUGUGGUGCGUGUUCUUUUUCUCAGCAGCAGCAUGUUUUUAAGUCGCUCCUACACUCUUCGGAGGGUAGAGGAAAGCCUGCUGGCUGAGCUGCCAUGGUUACUGAAAUAAGAUGGAUGAACUUUGACCUGUUCUGUCCCAUAUCCUGUCCUGCUGACAGCCAUGUGAUGGCCAGAAGGAUCAUUUUGAAUUCCUCUCAAACAUAGACGCUCAUCUGAAGAGGAAGGAAGGAAGGAAGCACCUUUUCUAUCUGCCUUCUUUUGACCCUUCUCUUCAGGAUGAAGGAUGAUCUGUUUUUGAUACUGCAAUUUGGUUGCCAAUAAGAGAUUGCACAGUCUAUCGACUCUAAAGAGUACAAAAUAGGGAAUUUUACCGAACAUUUUUUUUUUAAUUAGUACAAAACGACAGAAAAGAAGACAGUUAAGGAGUUUCUGUUAGAAUAAAAGCUAAACGGAUUAGAGUGGAAUAAUGUUGCGGUUUUUUUGGGUUCUUUUAUUUUUAGAUAAAACACAAUGAAUCCAUGUAGUACUGUAGCUGUCUCACAUGGUGUUGCUCUACGUGUGUCUCUUGUUUUCUUGGGUUGUGCACGUCACAGCUGUGCAUCACUACCGAAAAGAAACUCUGGUCACAAACCUGUUUUUAUAGGCCAAAUCAGGAAGAGUGUGUGCGUAGGUGUGAGUGUGUGUGUAUUUUUGUGUGCAUUUAUACUUGCCUGCAUGUAAGUCAGGGUUGAGGUCAAUUCACACAGUAAAGUUUAAAAAGUAUAUUAUAAUCCUUGACUGAAAAAAAGGAGGAUUGGAGCACAUUUUAAGUGCUGAACUCCAUUAUCUUGUUCUUUUUGCAGUUUUUAUUUUUUUGUCAAAGUGAGUUCAUCCCAACCCCUCCCCCUUCCUGUUUGUGAGCAGUCGCCCCCUCCCUGUUUUCUUCAGUCUAUCCUGUAUCCAGGGAUAAAUGUCUUUUUUUUUUUUGCAUUGAAUUCUACUGUAAACACUACAAACUUUAAGGCAUAUCACUCCCCCUCCCCGUCCUACACAAGCCCUCAGUGCCUGUCAGCCCACUGCCUCCCCCCCUUUGUGUGUGUGUGUGUGUUUAUGUGCGCGCGCACGGACACAUGCGUGCUCGUUUGCGAGCGACAGAGGAGCGUUUUUUCAAAUGAGUGGGGUCAUAUUUCGUAUAUCUACUUGCACACACUACUAGUGCACAACUGACACCCUUCUUUAAGCUGUUUGAUGCGUUACCAUUGCAUUAAUCUUCUCACAAAGUAGUGUAAUACUAUGAUUUACUGUAGCUUGGUUUUAUUGCUAUUUUUGCAUUUAUAGUUUGGUUUUUAUUCUGCUUAUUUAUAGGUGCUGUAUUUUUUUUCCAUUUAAUGUCUUAUCAUAUGAGUUGUCUAUUUUUUAAGGGAUUAUACUGUUCCUGAGGGCAAGUAACAUUUUUAUUAUUAGACGUAUAGACUGCCGGCAGUAUUGGUUAAUAUUUACAAAGAUGUACUAGUUCUCAUUUGUUUGUAUAUUCAUGAAUCCUAAAGUUUAGUGUCAUUUCAAUAGCUUUGGAAAUGUGUUUGCUUCACUUCAUGCUCCCAUAAGCAUAAAAGCUCUUACCACAACUGUUAUGCUCUUAAACUGCUAGCUAGAGAAUCAAAGGACAUAUCAAGAUCACUGAAUAUAUGUUAGUCUGUUUAUCUUCUAUUCUGGGGUAAUGAUAUUUUUAUUUUUGUUUUGUUUUUUUUCCUUGGGCAAGCCCAACACUAACACUCAGCAGAGCACACAACUUCGCCCAUUUAUAGACCACGUGAACGUGAUCAACUGGUCCGCAUUUGUACUCAAACAAAAAAAAAAAAGGUCAAAUGAAAUAAUCUAAACUUGAGAAGCACGC